CGGAAGCAGUUGGUUCGUCAGUAGCCCUCUGUGGUUGUCGUUCAUCAUGGCAGUACCUGCAGGAAGAUCUGUGGUGUUCGUGACUGGAAAUGCCAAAAAACUCGAAGAGGUCAUUCAGAUCCUUGGAGACAAGUUUCCCUACAAACUAGUGUCUAAGAAGAUUGACUUGCCUGAGUACCAGGGGGAGCCAGAUGAAAUUUCCAUACAGAAGUGUAAAGAAGCUGCACGGCAGAUUGAUGGACCAGUCAUAGUAGAAGACACCUGUUUGUGUUUCAAGGCUUUAGGAGGCCUGCCUGGACCUUACAUAAAAUGGUUCCUGGAUAAACUCAAACCAGAAGGCUUGUACAAGCUCCUAGCUGGGUUUGAAGAUAAAUCAGCGUGGGCCCUCUGCACUUUUGCUUUUUGCGCUGGGAAAGAUGAACCAGUACAGCUCUUCAGGGGAAAAACAGAGGGGCACAUUGUGGAACCUCGGGGACCUCGAGACUUUGGAUGGGACCCAUGUUUCCAGCCAGAUGGUUAUGACAAAACCUAUGCUGAACUGCCAAAGGAUACGAAGAAUAAAAUCUCUCAUCGUUAUCGUGCACUGGCUGCUAUGUCGGAGCACUUCUGUAAAGCCAACAGUACCUCACCAGAGAGCAAGAAGAAAAAAGAAGAGGAGUAAUGUGGCAUCUGGGUUAACUUAAAUUUCUGUAUCAAAAGGAGACUAAUAACAGAUUUUAAUAAAACCUUUGUGAAUUUGUAAACUA